GCCCGAAGUGAUUGCAUUACAUAUGCCUCAACGACGUCACAAUUACUUACAAGACAGGGAGAUUAAAAUUGGGUUUGUAUGGACAUGGACGUGAGAAUUUCCCGAGGUUUCGUCUAAUGCGGGAACAGUCAUUUACAGGGAUUUUGGAGUGGCUGUCUUAAGGGGUCUUCCUGUGCCACACAUAGUCAAGGAUUUUGACGUGGAUAUCGACAUACCAACCCUCAUGACCGAUGUACGUUCGCAUAUAAAACUUGUGAGAACUGAGUAUCCCAAAACUCCAGCAUCAUGAAGCUUUCUUUCCUGGGCAGUCUUUUCUUUCUCGCCACGCUUGUAUCUGCAGACGAUAGUGGGCAAGACAGUGCCAGUGACCAUAGUCAAGGAAACGGUACAAAAUGUCUCAAUCCCUCCAUCAGGAAGGAAUGGCGUUCUCUUACUGACGACGAAAAGGCGGACUUCAUUUCCUCAAUCAAGUGCUUGGCUCACAUGCCUCACGAUCCAAAGUUGAGCCCCACGGUCAAACCUGACGAUAUACCUCCUGUUAACGACACCAGUUCGUACUGGGACGACAUCUCUUACAUCCACAUGGACAUGAACUUCAAGAUCCAUUUCACUGGUCUCUUCUUGCCUUGGCAUCGAUGGUUCGUGCAUGUAGUGGAGACGGAGCUCAGGAAGAAGUGCGGCUUCUCUGGGACCAUGCCGUAUUGGGACUGGACGCGCGACGCGGCAGACUUCCAAGGAGCGACUAUUUUCGCUGAGCCCGAUCUCAAUAGCGGCCUCGGAGGGUGGGGACAGCCUGAAGACGAUUAUCUUGUCCAUGAUGGCGGCUUCUCAUAUGAUUUUGAACUUGCCUAUCCUGUCCCACACGGUCUGCGACGAAAUUAUACAUUGCGGCCUUGGGAGUCCAACCAAUUUGCCGGCAUGGAUGUAAUUUUAGAUCCCAGUCAGAUGGCGAACGUAUCUUUCACUGCCGACAAGAUCCAGCAGCUCGUUAACGGCAAUGAGGGAAAUUACGUAGGAUUCCAGUUUUCAUUCGAAGAUUGGGAGGCUGCUCAUGCCAGCGUCCAUGAAAUGACGGGAGGGGAUAUGGCUGGUAAUUGCCCUGCAACCGCACCUUCGACAUGUGCACCGGGACCGCUCUGGUCUCCAAAUGACCCGUUGUUUUUCCUCCAUCAUACCACUGUUGACAAAGUCUGGUAUGAUUGGCAGAACAAAAGUCCUGUCAACAAGAACGCUUACGCGGGUGGUUCUGUCCAACUUGUUCAGAACCGUACCAUGUAUUUGGAGAAUCCAAAUGGAGGUCCCCCUUUCCUCACGCCCCAAUCUGUCGUCACCGGUGAAGGCAUGUUCGACGACUGGGUUAUUGAGGAUUAUUUGAGUACUACAGAUGGUCCUCUCUGCUACGUAUAUGCAGAGUAGUCUUAUCCAAUAUUUGUUCAUCUAUCAGAUAUACUUUUAUAAUAUUCGUGGUCCCACUUAUUGCC